AUGCUGAUGCUGAUGCUGAUGCGGUUGUUGCUGUUGCUGUUGCUGUUGCUGCUGCUGCUGUUGCUGGCGCUCUCCCUGACGGACUAUAUCUUCUUCUCUUCUGGAAUAAGUGCGGCACGUCCGACUCAGCGGACCCCGAUGUCACCUUUCAUGUCUGUCGUUAUCGGACGGGCCAUUUGGUGGCGGAUAGGGCUGCAUGCUGCAUCAAGCGGCAAGACCAAAACAGACAAGUUGUUAGUGUACUACGGAAGCUGCGGCGAAGGCGCAGGCGGGAUAACUAUGUCAGACUGGGCACACGACCCAUACGACACGUCAAGAGCAAGGACUGGGCCGCCAACAAAGGACGAGCGCGGACGUGAGAAGAGGACAGGCGACCCCAAGACUCUGGGGACCCUGAGCUUGAUUAGCUGA